CUAGAAAAUGCAAGAAUUCCGAGCGCCUUCACUUGGAAGAGGAGUAAUGCAUGACCGAGUACCUUCCUUUCACUUUCUUUAAAGGCGAGGUCUAGCAAAGAAACUAGGAACGCAACAAGGACUGGUUUAAUCUCACUACGUUCCUGCAAUUAAUUUCUAUACAACAACGGCUUUAAGGUCUUCAAGAGGUCAAAAAUGGCUCCCCCUACUAGCGCCCUCCCUUCCAAAGACCGGGUCGAGCCGGGCUCCGUCAACAUUCCAUUGGGCGACUUCCCCGCAUCCGCUUCAACUACCGACGUCGAUGCAAAUGCGGUCGCACAGAACACCACCGACGCCAUCAACACCGCUCUUCAAAUCAAAGACACAACAAAAUUCUCCUCUCUAUUCCUUGAGGGAAAGUCUUACUACCGUGACCACCUUGCUCUCACGUGGUCUCUGCGAACGCUGAAAGGCCGCAGUCAAAUUGCGGAAUAUCUGCAGGCUAGCAAAACGCCCCUACAGUCGAUUCAAAUCGAUAAAUCCAGCGAUUUUAGGGCCCCGCAUUAUGGGCCUAUCGAUGCGUGGGGCGAUGUCAACGGGAUUCAAUUCUUUAUCACUUUUGAGACAGGGCUUGGCAAGGGGAGGGGAGUUGUGAAUUUGGCCGAGGAGAAUGGCGAGUGGAAGAUUUUCACAAUGUUCACUGCUUUGGAGGAACUUAAAGGGUUUGAAGAGCCGACGGGAAGUAGGAGAUCGAAAGGCGUUGAGCAUGGCGGGAAUCCGGAGAGGAAGAACUGGAAGGAAAAGAGGGAGGCUGAAGGGAGGUUUGAGGAUAUGGAGCCUAAAGUGUUGAUUAUCGGUGCCGGCCAAGGCGGCCUCACAGUCUCCGCGCGCCUCAAAAUGCUCAACAUCCCCUCCCUUAUCAUAGACAGCAAUGCGCGUGUCGGCGAUAACUGGCGUAAACGGUAUCACCAGCUAGUCCUACACGACCCGGUCUGGUACGAUCAUAUGCCAUACGUCCCGUUUCCGCCUCACUGGCCUAUCUUCACGCCCAAGGACAAACUCGCGGAGUUCUUCGAAUCCUACGUUAAACUGCUCGAACUUAAUGUUUGGACCUCUACAACCAUAAAAUCUUCGUCUUGGGACGAGGGCAAGAAGCAAUGGACUAUAAGCCUCGAAACGACGAAACUAGACGGCACAAGCACAACCCGCACUCUCCACCCCGCACACUUAAUCCUCGCAACUGGCCACUCCGGCAAACCUAACAUGCCAUCCAUCCCCGGCCUCUCCUCCUUUAAUGGCACACGCCUCUGCCACAGUUCCGAGUUCCCUGGCGCGAAUCCAGCGUCCAAAGGCAAGAAUGCAAUCGUCGUCGGAUCCUGCAAUUCCGGCCACGACAUCGCGCAGGAUUUCUACGAAAAGGGAUACCACGUCACCAUGGUCCAACGGUCUACAACCUGCGUAAUUUCCUCCUCGGCAAUCACUGAUAUUGGACUGAAGGGACUGUACGAUGAAUCCGGUCCACCAGUCGAAGACGCAGAUCUGUUUCUUUGGGGCGUGCCUAGUGAGCUGUUUAAAGCGCAGCAAGUCAAGCUUACGAAAGUGCAGAACAAAGCCGAUGAAGCGAUUCUCACGGGGUUGAAGAAAGCUGGGUUUGGAUUGGACAAUGGACCGGAUGACUCUGGAUUGUUGAUGAAAUACUUCAUGCGUGGUGGGGGGUACUACAUCGAUGUCGGGUGCUCAGCACUCAUUGCCUCCAAGGCCAUCGCUAUCAAAUCUGGCCAAGAAAUUGCUGAGGUGUUACCGCAUGGUCUGCGAUUCGCGGAUGGGGAGACGUUGGAGGCGGAUGAGAUUGUGUUUGCCACUGGGUAUCAGAAUAUGCGGUCGCAGGCGCGCGUUAUUCUGGGAGAUGAGGUGGCGGAUCGUGUGGGGGAUGUCUGGGGGUUUAAUGAGGAGGGCGAGUUUAGAACGAUUUGGCAGAGGAGUGGGCAUAGGGGACUGUGGUUUAUGGGCGGGAAUUUAGCGCUUGCGAGGUAUUAUUCGAGGAUGUUGGCGCUGUCGAUUAAAGGGGUUGAAGAGGGGUUAGUG